AUGUCAAGCGGACCAUCCGCGUCCACCGCCUCGCGCCUCCACAUGGACUACGAGGCCAAGGUCUUCCCCCACACCGGCGGCUACGGCCGCUACAACCGGGUCGUGGUGGUGUUCAGCUGGUUCCCGAACUUCGCCGUCAUGCUGAAUCUCUACUGCGACGUCUUCUACACCCUCAUCCCGGAGUCGUACCACUGCAAGCCGGAUCCCGAGCUGCUGCCCGCCUCCUUCCUCCUCAGCAACUUCUCCGGACAGGGCUACCUGAACCUGACCAUCCCGCGGGUGGAGGGCUCCAGGCUGAGCCACUGCGAGCUCUUCAAGUACCCGCACAACUCCUCCGACCUGUCGGAGCGCGCGCCCCGGGAGAGGGUGGCCUGCACGCGCGGCUGGGAGUACAUCACCUCCGCGGGGCUGACCAGCAACUUUGUCACCGAGUGGAACCUGGUCUGUGACGACUACUGGAAAAUCCCCAUGCAGCAUAUCUGCUUCAUGACAGGAUGGAUUCUGGGAUAUGUGGUUCUUGGAACGCUGUGUGACUGGUUGGGUCGCCGGCGAGGUUUCCUCCUGUCGCUCAGCCUGUCCAGUCUGCUGGGAGUGGCCGUGUGUUUGUCCAGCAGCGUGGUGAUCUUCCUGCUGCUGCGGCUGGCGCAGGGCGCCAUGCUGGCCGGGGUGUUUGUGUCCUCGUACAUCGCCAGGCUGGAGCUGUGCGACCCCCCCCACCGCCUCAUGGUCGCCAUGGUCAGCGGCUUCUUCGCCGUGUUCGCCGAGCUGCUGUUGCCGGGCGUCGCCGCGCUGUGCCGCGAUUGGCCCGUCCUCCAGGCCGUGGCCACCCUGCCCCUGCUGCUGCUGCUCUCCUAUUGGUGCUGUUCCUCGGUGUUCCCCGAGUCUCCUCGCUGGCUGCUGGCCACAGCUCAGAUCCCUCAGGUGAAGAGGAGCCUUCAGGAGUUCUCCAAGAGAAACGCCGUCUGUCUGCAGGACGAGCUCUUCCCGGGUGAAACGCUGCUGUCAGAGGUCGAAUCGGUUUACGGAGACGAUUGCCGCCCGAGGUACUACUCAGUUCUGGUGCUUCGCCAGACUCGAGUCAUUUGGAAGAACUGCCUCAUUCUGAGCUUCACUCUGUUCAUCGGAACGGGCAUCCAGUACUGUUUCACCAGAAACCUCCAUCGCUACUCCACCAACUUCUACUUCAGCUACUUCCUGCGAGUGACGACGGGAGCGCUGGCCUGCAUCUUCAUCUGUCUGUCCGUGAAUCACUUUGGGCGGCGUGGAAUGCUCCUGCUGUCCGCCAUCGUCACCGGCCUGUCCUCGCUGCUGCUGCUGGCCCUCACACAGUACCUUCAGGGCGGCCUGGUGCUGGUGCUCUCCGUGGUGGGGCUGCUCUUCUCUCAGGCGCUCGCCAUGCUCAGUGCUUUCUUUGCCAGUGAAGUGAUGCCAACUGUGGUUCGCGGCGGCUGCCUGGGCCUGGUGCUGGCCUCGGGUUGCGUCGGCAUGGCCGCCUCCUCCCUCAUGGAGCUCCAGAACAACGGCGGCUACUUCCUCCACCACGUCAUCUUCGCCUCCUUCGCCGUCCUCUCCGUCCUCUGCAUCAUGCUCCUGCCGGAGAGCAAACGCAAGCCGCUCCCGGACUCCGUAAAGGAGGGCGAGAGCCAGCGGCGGCCGCCGCUCUUCCUGUCCCAGCCCGGCAGGGACAACCUGCCUCUGCUGCGCACACGGACUCCCGUUCCGGAGUACAACCCCGACAACUACUCCCGCCUGGUUUCUGCCACCAGGAAGAUGCUGACUAAAGACACGUUGCCUUACAGGAUUGCCGUGCCGACUCACUCCCCUCUGCUGUCAGACAGCGACACACAAGAACUGGAGUGUGGAACCAAGACGGUGGUUUUAUCCUAACCUGUCCCCCUCCUCUUUAUCCUCCUCCUCCUGCUCUGUUCAGACCUCUACAUGUGACUCUGACAGUUUAUUGUAAAACCUCCAGCUGAUCCUCGCUCAACUAAAAACUUGACCUCGUCCGGCAGGCGCGCCUUUCCUCACUAGAUCUUCUCUCGCAGGAAUUCAUGUAAUGCAUUUGAAAAAAGUGUCCUGUUUAUGCUCAGGUUUUUUGGUUUUUUUUCCCAUCAUCCAAACAUUGAUGAGCUUAAUUUCACUCCAUACUCUAAAUAGCGUGUUUAGUUUAUUGUGUGGCACAUUCCCUCCCUUGGGCGUCGUUGCAGCUGAAGCCGCACAGCUCAUUCAAACCAAGCCGCUGUUGAUCAAUCACGGGAGCUGCUUUCAUCCUUUUGCCCAUUUCUGAGCGAUGCACGCUCUUUUCAUUACAUCCCUCCAUCUGAUUCGUCGGACAUGCGCAGGUGCUGAGAGGAGCCUGAAUGUCGCAGGAGGCACAGGACUGGAUCCAGCUCUUCUUACCGAGCUCAUUGCGGAGGCGUCUGGGUGAUGCACCAUCACUGAAUAUGACGACGGAG